AUGUCUUCUUUCGUUCGCAGCCUUCUUGUUGCCUGCCUUGUUGCCUUGGCCAGUGCUUCCACUCUUCCUUUUGGCUCCUACGAUAACACUGACAUCAAGACCUAUCACUUGGGUUCUUUGAGUGAUUAUCACUCCCCUGAGAACUUCCUCGACAAUGAUUUCCCCGAGAGCUGUGAGUUGAAGCAGGUCCACAUUCUUCAACGUCAUGGUUCUCGCAACCCUACUGCCGGUACUAAGGCCGGUUCGGCCGGUGGUAUCCAGGCUUUUGAGAACCGUCUUACCAACGGUACUAUCAGCUUCAACUCCUCUAUUUCUGACAACGCUUUCAACUUCGUUAGCUCCUGGGAGCCUAUUAUUCUCGAGAAGAAUGCCGAUCUCUUGUCUGACCGCGGUCGCUACCAGAUGUUCGACCUCGGUGUGCAAAACUACUUGCGCUACACCGACCUCAUUAACGACAAGGACUUCAAGUUCCAAGUUAACACUGCUGCCCAAGACCGUGUCGUCGAGUCUGCCGAGUGGUACAUGAGUGGUAUGCUUGGCCGCUCGUACGUCAACGAGACCACUUUCCAAUAUGUUCCUGAGGACUCCUCCGCCAGCAUUAACACUCUUUCCGGUAACGAUGACUGCAAGAACUACGAGAACUACAACUCUACCUCUUCUGCCGUCGUCAAGGCUUACCUGAAGAAGGCACUUGAGGCUCCUCGUAAGCGUCUUUCCGAGUACUUGGUUGAUGGCCAAGAGUUCACCACUGACGAUGUGGUCAACAUGUUCUCUUUGUGUGCUUAUGAGAACGCUCUUCAAGGUGAAAGCGACUUCUGUGACCUCUUCACCCCUACUGAGUUCCGUGCCUGGGAGUACUCGUACGACUUGAAGUUCAGCUACGAAAACGGUCCUUCCAACCCUUGGACUCAACCUGUUGGUGCUGCUUUUGCCAACAACAUGGCCAACCAAAUCCUCAAGCUUGUCAACGGUACCACUUCCGAGGAUGACCAACAAAUCUUCUUGGCCUUCACUCAUGACAGCCACAUCACCACUGUCGAGACUUCCUUGGGCUUCUUCCCUGAUACCACUCCUUCCAAGCCCCUCGCUCCCAGCUUCAACUACUACAACCAGUCCUUGAAGACUUCCCAAUACGUUCCCUUCGGUGGUAACCUCAUUACGGAGGUCUUCAAGUGUGACGAUGACAAGUUCUAUGUUCGUCACCUCGUCAACCAACGCACCUUCCCUUUGACUGAUUGCGGUAACGGACCCAGCGGUGUUUCUGACGGUCUUUGUGAGGUUAAUGCCUACCUUAACUCUGACGCCCGUCGUGAUGCCGUCUUCCACGGUAUUGAGACAUACAAGGAGACUUGCGGUACUGAUGAGCCUGCCUUUGAGGCCAUGUACUAA